AUGACUGAUGAGGUGCAAAUAUCAUCGAGGUCAACACAGCUACGAAGUGCGGGGGACACUAUUUUAAUAAAUGACAAAAUGGAUUCAUCACAAAUACGAAUGAUUGAUGAAGUGCAGAAAAAGACAGCACCUGCAGAACUGCCUCCAACUGUGAAGCUUUUUAUAGAGACACCAAAACUGGAAGGCAGACGUCUCGACAUUCCCCACAAGUACAACACGCGUAGGGCGUGUUAUAAAAAAAAAAUUUCAAAUUUCAUAGUUCAAGAACAAGAACUAUUGAACAGAUUGAGAAAGAACCAGCAGCGACCAAAAGCAAAAGACGCAUCCACUCCACACGACCAAUGGCUCCAUUCGAAGGAUUGGGUUAACAUUAACCUACUCAAAGUUAAUAUACCAAUUAAAAAGGGGUGUUGA